GACCUACAGCUUAAUAGCGCUGUCGUUUUAAAAUUUUUCCUGCAAGGCUGCCUGGAUCUGUUUGCGGCAAAAAAUUAAGUUCUUGCCAAAGCCAAGCAGAUACAACGAAAGCAAUCCUGACAAAGAUGCUUCUUGAUUCGUGGUUGCGUCCUUCCUGCUUCUUCCUGGCAACUUGCAAGCGUGGUUGGUACCUGUUCCUCUUUUGCGCCAUCCACUCAGAAAAGGACCCGUUUGCGAGUUCGAAUCGAGAGAACUCGAAGAACGAAGAUCGAGAUCUCAGGCUGUGGAUAACCGCAAGUUUGCUUCUCUCUUUCCGUAUCCUAUUUGAUGCUGUGACGCAUAACAAUGAAGGAGAUCAUCUUCGCAGGACAACUACUCCAAAUAUUUAUGGAUUUCGCUUUGUUCUGGCUCAGUGUGGUGUAUUCGCGUCUCGCUUCGUCAGCUCGAUUUUGGAUCUCUAUGUGGGACUUGGAGGCCUCGGUGUGUACAGUGGAAUCUUCGCGUUUUUGGACGCAUACAUCGAUGCCCUGGUGGAUCUCGCCAGUCAGUUACCCAGCACAGCAACGUUAGUGUUGCUUCUGGUCUGUGUGUCGUUUCUUUCCAUCAUUUUAGUUGCUUCGACGAGGACGAUCACUGACGGCGCCAAAACCGGUGGCCCGACUUCCUCUUCAGUUUUAUCCACACCACGGGACGCCUUACCACUACCAGAGGAAGCUGUGUGGGCUUUGUUGCUCUUCGUUGGGAUCCCGUUAUUGGGCCAGGUGAAGCAGGACCUGCUACCAAUUGCCACUACGACCCUUUCUAGUAAAACAAGUUUGAUGUUCAGUCCACUCGCCAAAGACCGUCACAAGGAUAUCGUCAUCCAGUCUUCAUUCGUCGUUCUCUACGCUCUACAAACGAUCCUGUCUCUCCCACGCAGUUUUGGCCAUGGGAUACUCAAAGGGCUAUGCAUGAAAGUCGACGACGUCGCGUCAACUGGGCAAACACAGCUCAAGCCUGUUCAUGUAGCGAUGUCGAUGACCGCAAUGGCCUUUUGCGUGCCGAUAGCGUUUGAUGUCGCAGCCAGGCAGAGAGAAGGGCAGCUUGGAGAAGAACCGGCUUUGACGUAAGAUGGGAUCAUGAUAGGGAGUUACAUAGAGCAUGUUACUAUACUAGAAUAUCAGUCCUUUAUUUCCCGACCAGCUUGAUCCCCUACCCUACUCUUCAUCUUCUAUCCCUCCGUUUUCAUUCUCUUUUCCUCUCUCCGCUCGGUGGCUUUGUAUGCUACGGAGGAGCCGCCUUGUCGUUCCUGUGUCUCAACAUCGGCGUCCUCAGAGGAGAUCGCGCGACACCAGAGAAGUUCCUCAAAAAGCGCGAACAAUACGAAGCAGACGUGAUACGCGAAGAAAAAGAACGGCUAAGGAAGGAUACUCCAGGCACAGCGAGAGCUGAGACUGCUCAACAAGCGGGAAGGACGAUCAGAACGCUUCCAGCGUUUCCAAAAAAUCCAAGUACAACCGCUGAUAUGCGCAGCCGCAUGGUCUCAGGCGCUCCACCGCAGCGUCAGAGCAGACCUACACCGACUACGACUUCGUCUUGCCAGCACCAGAAGGCAGAAGCUUCGUUCGGCAUACAAGUAGACGUUGGAGACACAGACACACAAGCAUCAACUAGUACUACAUCACCAUUAGGUUUAUCAGGAGGAACGACGUCGAGUCUAGGCGAAGACUUAGUAAGUGCUCUGCUCUCUGGUAUUGGCUCAGGUAAAAGUGCACAGAAGAAAAGACUUUAGUUGUGUUGAAGACAAGUCGUUGAAAAGGAAGUCAUUUGUUGAUCGUGGUCGUGACCAAGUAGAUGUAGAUGUAGAAGAAUAGAGCACGUUAU